AUGCUAAGCCUAUCUGAUUCAACAAAAAAGUCUGCUGACUUAUAUGCUAAAGCCAAUGAUGCAUUUUUUGACGAUGAUUAUGAUGAAGCCUUGAACCUUUUUACAGAAUUAGUUAACUUAGAACCAGAAAAUGCAGAAUUCCUCUUGAAGCGUUGUCAAGUUCAUCAAAAAAUGAAUCAUUUAGAGUGUGCCCUUCAAGAUGCUGAAAAAGCUUUAAAAUUAUUGAAGCAAGGUUCUCGUAGUUUAUUAGCUAGAGCGCAUUUACAAACUGGUAUUACUUUGCAUCGUUUGGGUCGCUUUCAUGAAGCGCAGAAGCAUCUUGAACAGUCCAAAGAAUUAAAUCCAAAUGAAAAAACAUUAGUAACUUGGUUGAGAAAAAAUACUGAAAAAUUGCCAAAAAAAGUUGAAGAAGAAAUUAAAACUGAAAUUAAUACACCAGCACCUGUUGCCUCUGCAAAAGCAGCUGCAAGACAUGAAUGGUUUCAAAAUGAUAAUUUUAUUACAAUCGAAGUGUUUAUUAAAAAAGUCAAACCAGAGGAUGUUACACUUGACUUUUUUGAAAACUCUCUGUCUUUAACUGUUAAAUUGACAAAUGGAUCCCAUUAUUCACUUGAACUUGAACCAUUAGCACAUAAAAUUUUACCUAAAGAAUCAACUUACCAAAUUCUCUCAACAAAGAUUGAAAUCAAAUUAAAGAAAGAAAUGCCAGGUAUUAUGUGGGGUGCAUUAGAAAGUGAAGAUGAUCAAGGCUUCAAAAUGAAUACUGCCACAGCAUCAUCUAGUAAAACAAAGGACUGGAAUAAAUUAACUCGAGAAAUUGAAGAUGAGAAACCAGAAGGGGAACAAGCCUUAAAUGCUUUAUUCCAACAAAUAUAUAGAGAUGCAGACCCUGAUACUAAAAGAGCCAUGAUGAAAAGUUUCAUUGAAAGCAAUGGUACUUGUCUUUCAACUAAUUGGGCAGAAGUUGGAAGUAAAAAGACUGAAAUUAAGCCACCAGAAGGCAUGAUUGCAAAGAAGUUUGAUGAGUAA